UUGACAGGCCGAGUCAGCCGUCUCCAACGAACAAAGAAAUUGAAAACAUAGAUCAGACAGAUCAAUCUACUCCGUAAAAUUAUUUGAUGGUUAUUAUAAAUAAAAAUACAUGACAUGAAUCUGAAUGACUUAAUAUUGUUCAAAAAUGUUGUUUUCGUUUAUUUCACUUUGAUUUUGCUAUAAUUCAUUAAUUUAAUAUUUAAUUUAGUUGAUUAUUUUUAUAUUCUUGUUUGAACAGUGUGAAAUAUUUUUUAAAUUUUAUAUUUGAAAUAUUUUUAAUUCUGCUCUUUUUACGAGGAUGUCUAAGAGGAAAGUUUUGCUUAUGGGAAAGGCUGGAGCUGGUAAAACGAGUAUGAGAUCGAUCAUAUUUGCUAAUUAUAUUGCAAGGGAUACAAGCCGACUUGGACGUAAGGAGUCUGUUUUUAUUUUAUUAAUUUUCUUUUUAGCUACGAUGGAGGUUGAGCAUGCGCAUGUCAAGUUUCUUGGGAAUAUGGUUUUACAUUUGUGGGACUGCGGAGGUCAGGAGAUUUUUAUGGAAAAUUAUAUGACGGCACAGCGUGACCAAAUCUUUAAAAACGUUCAGGUACUUAUUUAUGUUUUUGAUGUUGAAAGUAGAGAAGUUGAUAAAGACUAUGGAAACUAUCAGUCCUGUUUGGAGGCUUUAUUACAAAAUUCGCCUGCUGCCAAAGUUUUUUGCCUUGUUCAUAAAAUGGAUCUAAUUCAGGAAGAAAUGAGAGAAAAAGUUUUUAUUUUGUUGAUUUUUAAAUUAUUUUGUUCUCAGGUUUUCCAAGACAAGGAAAAGGAUAUUAAACAAUUGUCAGACAAUAUUACUUGUAGACAACAAACAUCGACAGUCACAAUUCAAUGUUUCCGUUCUUCUAUUUGGGAUGAAACUUUAUAUAAAGCUUGGUCUGCAAUUAUCACUUCAAUGGAACAAAAAUUGAAAAAAUUCACAGAAAUUGUUGAUGCUGAUGAAGUAUUAUUGUUUGAAAAGGCCACAUUUUUGGUAAUUGCCCAGGCGCAGAGAGUUCUACAUGAUGAUAUUCAUAGAUUUGAAAAAGUUUCCAACAUUAUUAAACAAUUUAAAUUGUCUUGCAGCCGUAUGGGUUCACAAUUUGAGACAAUCCAAAUACGUAAUAGCACAUUUGCUGCAUUUAUCGACUCUUUCACCAAUAAUACUUACAUUAUGUUGGUACUUUCGGAUGGAAAUGUUUCAUCUGCGGCUGUAAUGAUGAACAUUCGGAAUGCGCGAAGGCAUUUCGAGAAACUAGAUUGCAGAUGAGUGAGAAAAUUUACGUUAUACAAAAUAUUUUUAAUAUUCAAAUUAUUUUAUAUUCAGAUUUCUAUUUGAUUGUGAGAAAUAUUUUGUUGAAAAUAAAACAAAUUUUAAACAGUUUUAGAGUAAUUUUUUUAGUUUAUUUGACCUUUAAGAAUAAUUCUAAAAAUGAUGCCAAUAAAUUCCAAAAUGUCAUUUUUGAUUUUAAAAUACAUAAAUUCUUUAUCCAUCUCCUAAACAAAUAUCACUACCGCACUUUGUUGACUUCGCGCGUUUUUCAUCUGUAACACUUUCUCCCUUAAUAUCUGGGUCAUCUUGCUUGCUAUUCUUUUGCGGAAGUAUGAGGGGUUUAGAUGAAAUUAUCGCUAAUAUGUACUUC